CACCGCUUUCCAAACAACUAAAACAAGAAGCGCUCCGAGGCGUGCUCAAAGUACGCCAACUGAUCCGUAAUCAAUAAGAAUGAUUGUCCCAGAGUCAACCUAACUUUAAAUAAUGCUAGCGGCUUCACUGGACAGACAGCAGUUUUAAGAGUAUAUUUCGCGCGGGUACGUAACUCGACACUUCUUCUGCAGUUAUUCAGUAAAGCUCAGUUAGCGGUGCGUUAGCUUGCUCGGUUAGCCUGCUAAGCUAAGAGCCCGCUGUACUGAAGGCGCUGACGGUGACAGCUGCGAUAAUUUGUGAUGGCAACUACUGAGAUGGAAUCUGUUUCUUCGGAGAGUAAAUCAGAGCAUGUGACAUUUGAUCCGGAUUCAAAGUACCCACUUAAAGUUCUUUACUGUGGAGUGUGCUCUCUGCCUACGGAGUACUGUGAGUACAUGCCUGAGCCAGCCAAAUGUAGGCAAUGGCUUGAGAAGAACUUUCCAGAUGUAUUUGCCAGGAUGACUGUAGGCCCCGCAGCAAAUGCGCCCAAGCAGGAGUCCGGCGCUGGAGAAGCUCCCCCUGCAGGCGAGGACGAGGAGAAAAAGAAACAGAAGAGAGGUGGAAGAGGCCAGAUCAGACAGAAAAAGAAGACUGUGCCUCAGAAAGUCACGAUAGCAAAAAUCCCAAGAGCCAAGAAAAAAUACGUCACACGGGUGUGUGGCCUGGCAACUUUCGACAUUGAACUUAAAGAGGCUCAGCGAUUCUUUGCCCAGAAAUUCUCUUGCGGUGCCUCAGUGACAGCAGAGGAUGAAAUAAUCAUUCAGGGAGAUUUUACAGACGACAUAAUCGACGUCAUUCAAGAGAAGUGGCCUGAGGUGGACGAUGACAGCAUCGACGAUCUGGGUGAAGUCAAGAAGUGAAGACCAAAUAUGCACUUUUACUGAAAUGGAUGUGACCUGUAACAGCGACAACUUGGCCAAAUGUACACAUUAAGUCAUUUUAUACCUAUUUUAUUUACUGUUCAUAAAAAGCUGCGGACUCUGCCACUCACUUGGCUUCUUCUUUUGUUUUGUUUUUUUGUUUUUUCUUUAGUUAAUAGCUGCUUUCUCUCGUUUGCCAAAGGUGUGGUAUGACGUGAAUCCCUCCCCAAAUGUUCUUCACUCAAGCAAACUGUAGGCUAAUAAAUUUCAGUCUCCCCCUCGCCUCUA